CAGAGAAAAAGGGGCGAGCGGCAGGCGCGGGCGCACUGGGGCGCCCGGCAUCAGCAGCAGAAGCCCGGCCCGCGCCGCAGGCCCGAGAGACCAUGCAGAGGUCGCCUCUAGAGAAGGCCAGCGUCGUCUCCAAACUUUUCUUCAGCUGGACAAGACCAAUUCUGAAGAAAGGCUACAGAAAGCGCCUGGAGCUGUCAGAUAUAUACCAAAUCCCUUCUGCUGACUCUGCUGACAAUCUGUCCGAAAAAUUGGAAAGAGAAUGGGAUAGAGAACUGGCUUCAAAGAAAAAUCCAAAACUCAUCAAUGCCCUCCGGAGAUGCUUUUUCUGGAGAUUUAUGUUCCAUGGAAUCCUACUAUAUUUAGGGGAAGUCACCAAAGCAGUGCAGCCUCUCUUACUGGGAAGAAUCAUAGCUUCCUAUGACCCAGAUAACAAGACAGAACGCUCCAUCGCCAUUUACAUAGGCAUAGGUUUGUGCCUGCUGUUUAUCGUGAGGACGCUGCUCCUCCACCCAGCCAUCUUUGGCCUCCAGCACAUUGGAAUGCAGAUGAGAAUAGCUAUGUUCAGUUUGAUUUAUAAGAAGACUUUAAAGCUGUCAAGCCGUGUUCUAGAUAAAAUAAGCAUUGGACAACUUGUUAGUCUCCUUUCCAACAACCUGAACAAAUUCGAUGAAGGACUCGCGCUGGCACAUUUUGUGUGGAUUGCUCCUCUGCAAGUGGCGCUCCUGAUGGGGCUCCUCUGGGACUUGUUGCAGGCCUCCGCCUUCUGCGGCCUUGCUUUCCUGAUAAUCCUGGCCCUUUUCCAAGCAGGGCUGGGGAAGAUGAUGAUGAAGUACAGAGAUCAGAGAGCUGGAAAGAUCAAUGAAAGACUUGUGAUCACCUCAGAAAUGAUUGACAAUAUCCAGUCUGUUAAAGCAUACUGCUGGGAGGAAGCAAUGGCAAGAAUGAUUGAAAACCUAAGACAAACAGAACUGAAACUGACCCGGAAAGCAGCCUAUGUGAGAUACUUCAAUAGCUCAGCCUUCUUCUUCUCAGGGUUCUUUGUGGUGUUUUUGUCUGUGCUUCCCUAUGCGCUGCUCAAAGGAAUUAUACUUCGAAAAAUAUUUACAACCAUCUCUUUCUGUAUUGUUCUGCGCAUGGCAGUCACACGGCAGUUCCCUUGGGCUGUGCAAACAUGGUAUGACUCUCUUGGAGCAAUAAAUAAAAUACAGGAUUUCUUACAAAAGCAAGAAUAUAAGACAUUGGAAUAUAACCUAACAACUACAGAAGUAGUAAUGGAGAAUGUAACAGCAUUCUGGGAGGAGGGAUUUGGGGAGUUAUUUGAGAAAGCAAAACUGAACAACAAUCGAAAGAUUUCCAAUGGUGAUAGCAGCCUCUUCUUCAGUAACUUCUCCCUUCUCGGUAGCCCUGUCUUAAAAGAUAUCAACUUCAAGAUAGAAAAAGGACAGUUGUUGGCUGUGGCUGGGUCUACUGGAGCAGGCAAGACUUCACUUUUAAUGAUGAUUCUCGGAGAACUGGAGCCUUCAGAAGGUAAAAUCAAACACAGUGGAAGAAUUUCAUUCUGCUCACAGUUUUCCUGGAUCAUGCCUGGCAGCAUCAAAGAAAACAUCGUCUUUGGUGUUGCCUAUGAUGAGUACAGAUACAGGAGUGUUAUCAAGGCAUGCCAACUGGAAGAGGACAUCUCCAAGUUUGCAGAGAAAGACAAUAUAGUGCUUGGAGAAGGUGGAAUCACCCUGAGUGGAGGUCAGCGUGCGAGAAUUUCUUUAGCAAGAGCAGUAUACAAAGAUGCCGAUUUGUACCUGUUAGAUUCUCCUUUUGGAUACCUAGAUGUUUUAACAGAAAAACAAAUAUUUGAAAGCUGUGUCUGCAAAUUGAUGGCCAACAAAACUAGGAUUUUGGUCACGUCUAAAAUGGAACAUUUAAAGAAAGCUGACAAAAUAUUAAUUUUACAUGAAGGUAGCAGCUAUUUUUAUGGGACAUUUUCUGAACUACAAAAUCUACGGCCAGACUUCAGUUCAAAGCUCAUGGGGUAUGAUUCUUUCGACCAGUUUAGUGCAGAAAGAAGGAAUUCUAUUUUAACUGAGACUUUACGCCGUUUCUCCUUAGAAGGAGAUGCUGCUGUCUCCUGGAAUGAAGCGAAGAAACAAUCUUUUAAACAGACUGGAGAGUUUGGGGAAAAAAGGAAAAACUCCAUUCUCAAUUCAAUCAACUCUAUAAGAAAAUUUUCAAUUGUACAAAAGACUCCCUUGCAAAGGAAUGGCAUUGAGGAGGACUCUGACGACCCUCUGGAGAGAAGGCUGUCCCUCGUUCCAGAUUCUGAGCAGGGAGAUGCGGCCCUGCUUCACAGCAAUGUGAUCCACGCGGGCCCCACCUUCCGGGGCAGCAGGAGGCGGUCCGUGUUGAACCUGAUGACACACUCGGUCAACCAGGGGCAGAGCAUUCGCCGGAAGACAGUCGCUCCCUCAAGAAGAAUGUCACUGGCCCCACAGGCCAGUUUAACAGAAAUGGAUAUAUAUUCAAGACGGUUAUCUCAGGAGAGUAGCUUGGAAAUCAGUGAGGAAAUUAACGAAGAAGACUUGAAGGAAUGCUUUUUUGAUGAUGUAGAGAGCGUACCAACAGUGACCACGUGGAACACGUACCUUCGCUAUAUUACUGUCCAUAAGAGCUUGAUCUUUGUGCUGAUUUGGUGCUUAAUUAUUUUUCUGGCUGAGGUGGCUGCUUCUUUGGUUGUGUUGUGGUUACUUAAAAACAACCCUCCUGAACAGGCAGUGAAUAGUACUCAAAGUGGAUAUAACAACUACGCUGUGAUUGUCACCAACACCAGCUUCUACUACGUUUUUUACAUUUAUGUGGGAGUGGCCGACACUUUGCUUGCUAUGGGAUUGCUCAGAGGUUUGCCACUGGUGCACACACUAAUCACAGUGUCGAAAAUUUUACACCACAAAAUGCUGCGUUCUGUUCUCCACGCGCCCAUGUCCACCCUCAACGCUUUGAAAGCAGGUGGGAUUCUUAAUAGAUUCUCCAAAGAUAUAGCAAUUCUAGAUGAUCUUCUGCCUCUUACUGUAUUUGACUUCAUCCAGUUGCUGUUAAUUGUGAUUGGGGCUGUCACGGUCGUCUCGGUUUUACAGCCUUACAUCUUCCUGGCAACCGUGCCAGUGAUAGCGGCUUUUAUUAUGUUGAGAGCAUACUUCCUCCGCACUUCACAGCAGCUCAAACAGCUGGAGUCUGAAGGCAGGAGUCCAAUUUUCACUCAUCUUGUCACAAGCUUAAAAGGACUAUGGACACUUCGUGCCUUUGGACGGCAACCUUACUUUGAAACCCUGUUCCACAAAGCUCUGAAUUUGCAUACUGCCAACUGGUUCUUGUAUCUAUCGACACUGCGCUGGUUCCAGAUGAGAAUAGAAAUGAUUUUUGUCAUCUUCUUCAUUGCUGUUACCUUCAUUUCCAUUUUAACAACAGGUGAAGGAGAAGGAUCAGUGGGUAUUAUUCUGACUCUAGCUAUGAAUAUCAUGAGUACAUUGCAGUGGGCCGUGAACUCCAGCAUUGAUGUGGACAGCUUGAUGCGAUCUGUGAGCCGAGUCUUUAAGUUUAUCGACAUGCCAAAAGAAGGUGCACCUGCCAGUUCCCUCAAGCCAUCUAGGGAUGACCAGCUCUCAAAAGUGAUGAUCAUUGAGAACCAGCACGUGAAGAAAGAUGACGUCUGGCCCUCAGGAGGCCAAAUGACCGUCAAAGACCUCACAGCGAAAUACGUGGAUGGCGGCAGUGCCAUAUUAGAGAACAUUUCCUUCUCAAUAAGUCCUGGCCAGAGGGUGGGCCUCUUGGGAAGAACUGGAUCAGGGAAAAGUACUUUGUUAUCAGCUUUUUUGAGACUGCUGAACACCAAAGGUGAAAUCCAGAUUGAUGGUGUGUCUUGGGACUCAACAACUUUGCAACAGUGGAGGAAAGCCUUUGGAGUGAUACCACAGAAAGUAUUUAUCUUUUCUGGAACUUUUAGAAAAAACCUGGAUCCCUAUGAACAAUGGAGUGAUCAAGAAAUAUGGAAAGUUGCAGAUGAGGUUGGACUCCGAUCUGUGAUAGAACAGUUUCCUGGGAAGCUUGAUUUUGUCCUUGUGGACGGGGGUUACGUGUUGAGCCAUGGGCACAAGCAGUUGAUGUGCUUGGCCAGAUCUGUUCUCAGUAAGGCAAAGAUCUUGCUGCUUGAUGAACCCAGCGCUCACCUGGACCCCAUAACAUACCAAAUAAUUCGAAGAACUAUAAAACAAGCAUUCGCUGAUUGCACAGUGAUCCUCUGUGAACACAGGAUAGAAGCAAUGCUGGAAUGUCAGCGAUUUUUGGUCAUAGAAGAGAACAAAGUGCGGCAGUAUGACUCCAUCCAGAAACUGCUGAGCGAGAAGAGCCUCUUCCGCCAGGCCAUCAGCUCAUCAGACAGGAUGAAGCUCUUCCCCCACCGCAACUCCAGCAAGCACAAGUCUCGGCCCCAGAUUACUGCUGUGAAGGAGGAGACAGAAGAAGAAGUACAAGAAACACGGCUUUAGAGAUCAGUGCAAACGUUUGCUUGGGACAUUUGCCUAUGGAGAUGGAGGAAAAUCAGCCGCUUCGGAAAACAGGGAUGGAUGAUUUUUUUUUUUUAAAGGAGCAUUUCAGUAAGAGGAACGUUCACUUGGGUCUGGAUGGUUAAACUGUGUGAAAGGUACUUCGAAUCCUUGAAGAUUUACCACUUAAGUUUUGCAAGCCAGAUUCUUCUGAAAACACUUGCCCUUUGGUAGUAGUUGAAAAGGCGGCUAUAAAUGCCAGCAAGGUUAGUUGUUCAGCCUAUUGUUAAUGAAACUUGUUAAUUUAUAUCACUGGAGAAAUGAAAUCGUACUACUUAGAGAUAUUAGCAAUCAUAGCUAAAGAACUUAAUGGUGUAUGUAGUUGAUAUCCCUUUUUCUCUCAUCUCUCCAGGGUGUGAAGACACACAGCUAUAUUGUCUACUGAGCAUUCUGGCUGUCUCAUUUCCAGUCAAAUACUUAGAAUAUUGCAGGAGUCACAAGAUAGUCCAUUAAAAUAUGCCCAUUCAACAUCUAGUAAUCAAUCAGGAGUGAGAACUUCCAGACCCUAGAAAUCAGGGUUGGUACCACCCAGCUCUACCAAACAUCUAAGUAAUUCAGAUAAUCGGAAUAUAUCUUGAUCUGAGAAAUGUCUGCUAUCAUCCCAUGUAAAAGAUGGACUUAUUUCCUUGAUGUAAACAUUGACAUGCCUUUCUCAUCCCUAGAAGUAAUAGGGUCAUAAAACCUUUGAACCAGAGAGUGGAUGAAAAAGUGUGUUGGUGAAAAUUGGUACAGGACGAUAGUUCCUACCACAGAAACUGCAAGCACAGAAUAUGUAGAUAGAUAAACCGUGGAUGCUACGGGUAAAUGCCCAGGAAACGUAAGCACCCAGAGGUACAGGAUGGGGCAGUGUGUUUUCAGGCUAGCUACGUGUGGGUCGUGCUGUCCAGGCUGAGUGAGAGAGACAGUGGGAAAUACCCUGAAGACAAUUCAAUCAUGAACCAGUUUUAUAUGCGUCUGUUUUAUAACUUUGUGAUGCAAAUGAAAUUUUCUCUAGGAAAUAUUUAUUUUAAUAAUGUUUCGAGCUCAUAUACAAUGAUACUGUAUUUUAAAAAUGAUUAUGAAUUAUAUUUGUAUGAAAGAAUUUUUAUAUUUGAAAUGUUGACUUUUUGUGGCACUAGCUAUUUUUAUGGUAUAUUAAAAUACGGGCAGGGGACCUAGUAUGACGUGGUCCAGGGGCCACGAGUCACAUUUACGGUGUAAAGGGGAGGACUGCGGUUGAUGCAGACAGUGUACACAUCUUGGUGACUCUGAGUCAGCACAGAUUCCCCUCAGAAGCAUUUCUCUCAGGCGAAGAAGAUGGGGUCAGAAAUCUGACUGCUCCUAACAAGAGCAAACUGCCUUUCCAACUCCACACUAACCCUUCAGACGAUUGCAUUGUAUUUAUUACUGUAAGAAAAUACCAUGUGUCAAUAAAAUCCUUAUACUUGUGUGA